GGUUCAAGAGUGUGUGUGUCCGUGGGAAGGGAGCCUCGCCAUGGUCUCCUGGACCAAACUGAUCCGAUUCGAUAAGGUCCCCAUAGCCGUGUACCACCCUGAGUACGAGCUGUCCAUUUCCCAGUCCUACCAGACCAGGAUCCAGUUCCUGAAGACCACACCCAUGGACGGCAGUAUCACCAUCACUAACGUCACCCAGGAGGACACUGGGGUUUACCACUGCUCUGUUCAAACCUUCCCCAGGGGAUCCUGGGCCAGAGAUAUAUUGGUGUAGGAGGAUGAUCCAGGUAACUGUACACGACUUCUUGUCUAUUUUCAUUUCGAAUAUGUUGUUUUCACUUGAAAUAAUCAAAUGCAGUUCGUGACUAGCUUGUACCAAAUGCUUUGACCGAUAAUGGUGGUUGUUUUCUUGUUAUUACUAUGUCAUUAUUAUUACAACUUAACCAUAUCAUUUCUCCGUAUUCUCUCUAACUUUGUUAAGUCUGUUCACAGAUGAAGAUCAAGAAGAAAUGGACCUGCACACCAGAGAACCAGAACCUAGCCCAGGUGAGAGGUCAGAGUUUAAACAUGACCAGGUCAAUUAGACGUAUGAGGUUGUACUUAGUUACUAAUACAGGGAAAACUUGUAUUUAGUUGUGCAGUGACAUUGUGACCUUAAAAUCCUGGGCAGAAAAGUGUAAUUUUCCUGUGACAAUGAUGAUCUAGACUGAGAUGGUACACACAGUGAGAGGCUAACGUCACA